AGCACUUUUCACUUAAAUUUUGUCUAUUUGUCUAUUUGUCUUUACCUUAACUUUCCUUCUCCCACAAUAGCCAUCACUAUUCACUAACCACCAGCUUUAAUUCUUCUGCUUCUUUUGUUUUCAAAUUUUAAUGGUUUUUGGUUUAUACUCUUGUGGUGCAAAUACACAGAAAAAAAGAUUAAUCAUUUCUUGGUUUUAACUGUAGGCCCAAAGUGUUUCAUUCUGGCUCCAAAGACUUGAUUUUUAUUGCUUUUUUCAACCUCUUUUUCCCUUUUGCAGUACAAUUCUUUAGCAUAAUUGCUCCACCAUUGAAACCCCACUUCAAUUAGUACAUUUCAACUUAAGGAUUUAUAGAAAAAGCAAUUAAGUUGCUGAGUUGUGCAUGUCUCUUAUCUUUGUGAUUUUAGCUCAAAAGGGCACUUAGCCAUUAACACUAUCCUUUUGAAAAAUGGUAUAUUAGCUCUGGUUUCUUGAAAUCUAGCACUGAAAAAUUGUAAGUGUAUGGACCAAUAUGGAUGUGGUCCUGAGAAUUAAGAUCCCAUUUGGAAUCAAGAUUCAAAAUUUAUGUUUUCUUGAUGUGGUGGGGUUGUUUUUUGAAUCUUGAAAGCUGAUUUUUUUACUGUCAUUUUGGAGAUAAAAAAAGGUUGAAACUUUGAAAUGGCUAUGGGACACCAAGAUCAAGAUGGAAUACCAGAUAACUUGAGAAAGCAACUUGCAAUUGCUGUUAAAGGCAUACAAUGGAGCUAUGCAAUCUUCUGGUCAACUCCAGUUACACAACCAGGGGUGUUGCAAUGGAGUGACGGGUACUAUAAUGGGGAUAUCAAGACCAGGAAGACUGUUCAGGCGGGGGAAGUUAAUGAAGACCAGCUGGGGUUGCAGAGAACUGAGCAAUUGAAAGAACUUUAUAGUUCCCUCUUAACAGGUGAAAGUGAAGAAGAUCUACAACCACAGGCCAAAAGGCCGUCGGCUGCAUUAUCUCCAGAAGAUCUCACUGAUACCGAGUGGUAUUUCUUAGUAUGCAUGUCGUUCGUCUUCAAUGUUGGCCAAGGGUUGCCAGGGAAGACCUUAGCAACAAAUCAAACAAUCUGGCUAUGCAAUGCUCACCAAGCCGAGAGUAGAGUAUUUUCUCGCUCUCUGCUAGCAAAGAGUGCAUCUAUCCAGACUGUUGUAUGCUUUCCAUAUUUAGGAGGCGUAAUUGAGCUGGGAGUCACCGAGCUUGUCUUAGAAGAUCCCGACCUCAUUCAGCAAAUAAAAAAUUCCUUUCUAGAAGUUGAUCACUCCAUUAUUUCAAAGGGGCCUAACAAUGCAAAAAAUGACACAGAUGUAGUUAGCCAAAAGCUCGAUCAUAAUGUACUUGAAAGUGAUGCUUAUCCAGUCGAAAUAAACAACAGUUCACCUCAUGAUAGUUCAAAUGGUUUUGUGGCCAAUCAAGAGACUGAAGAUUCAUUAAUGGUGGUAGGCGUUAUUGGGGAAACUUCACAAGCUCAAAGCUGGAAGUUCAUGGAUGAUAACAUGAGUAAUGGUGCAAAUAAUUCUUUGAAUUCCAGUGACUGCAUCUCUCAAAAUAAUGCAAAUUGUGAAAAGCUGUCCCCUCUUUCGAGUGGAGAGAAGACAACUAAGCCUUACACACUAGACCGUCAAGAGCACGAUCAGAGGAAACUGCAUCUUUUAGAUCACCAAGGAGAUGAUGCUCAAUAUCAAGCUGUCCUUUCUACCCUCCUAAAGAGCUCUGACCAAUUAACUUUGGGACCACAUUUUAGAAAUAUUAACAAAAAGUCAAGCUUUGCUGGUUGGAAGACCGAUAUUCAGAUGCCAAGAUUGGGAACUGCACAAAAAUUAUUGAAGAAAGUACUUUUAGAAGUUCCUAGAAUGCAUGGUGGUGUUAUACAUAAAUUCAGCAGAGAAAAUCGUAAAAAGAACAGUCUUUGGAGACCAGAAGUUGAUGAUAUUGAUAGAAGCCGUGUUAUUUCUGAGAGAAGACGAAGAGAAAAGAUAAAUGAGAGAUUUAUGCAUCUUGCAUCAAUGCUGCCAACUGGCGGCAAGGUUGACAAAAUAUCACUACUGGAUGAGACAAUAGAAUACAUGAAAGAGCUCGAAAGGAGAGUUCAAGAGCUGGAGGCUAGAUCAGCAAGACGAUCAAAUGAUACUGCUGAGCAGACAUCUGAUAAUUGCGGCACUAGCAAAUUCAAUGACAUCAAAGGAUCACUACCAAACAAAAGGAAGGCAUGUGAUAUGGAUGAAGUGGAACCCGAAAGCUGUAAUGGAUUAUUGAAAGGUAGUUCAGCUGAUAGUAUUGUCAUCAAUAUGAUCGAUAAGGAAGUCUCGAUCAAGAUGAGUUGUCUAUGGAGUGAAGGCUUGUUGCUUAAAAUUAUGGAGGCGCUGACCGACCUACAAAUGGAUUGCCAUACCGUUCAGUCUUCCAACAUCGAUGGGGUUCUAUCCAUUGCUAUUGAAUCCAAGUCUACGGGAUCGAAAACAGUAGCAGUUGGAACAAUUAGAGAAGCACUUCAGAGAGUAGUCUGGAAAUCUUGAAGAUUAGUCACUGAAGGUUGGUCAAUUAAGUCCAUCUGAAAAAGAGCUGGGCCAAUCAUGUCCUCAGAGGAUAGUUAGAGCUUGUGUAUAUUAUUGUACUUCAAAAUGCUUUUUGCAUAGAUUUGACAGCCUGUUUCUACCUAAUGCAUGAUCCUCUUUCUUGAUCA